GUGAUGGUGGCGGUGGUGUGGCCGCUCCAGCCUUACCUGAGCCAGUGUCACCUGUCGCUUGUCUUUCCGCCGGAACAGAAAUGAUCCGAUUUCUCUUGCUGUUCAGCCGCCAGGGGAAGUUGAGACUGCAGAAAUGGUAUGUGACGCUACCUGACAAGGAAAAGCGAAAGAUAACAAGAGAGUUAGUACAAAUCAUUUUGAGUCGAAGUCCAAAAAUGAGCAGUUUUGUGGACUGGAAAGACUUAAAACUUGUGUAUAAGAGGUACGCCAGUCUGUACUUCUGUUGCGCUAUUGAGGAUCAGGACAAUGAGCUGCUGACGCUGGAGCUUGUACACAGGCUUGUGGAGCUGCUGGAUAAGUACUUUGGAAAUGUCUGUGAACUGGAUAUCAUUUUCAACUUUGAGAAAGCCUACUUUAUAUUGGAUGAGUUCCUAAUGGGGGGUGAAAUUCAAGAGACUUCAAAGGAAUCUGUGGCGAAAGCAGCUGAGGAUUCUGACAUGCUACAAGAGACAAUGGAGGAGUACAUGAGCAAACCAACAUUUUAAGGGUGCCACGCAAAUGAAGAGAACCUAGAAGAGCGCUAUUGUGGGCAAGUCCAAGGAACAUCAGAGAGCUCUGAACUGUUUGAGGGAACCGCUGGUCCGGACAACUAACCAGCUAGCAGCGAGGAAAUCUGAAAUAUUAAUAAAAAAAAUGAUACUAA